UAAGGGACACACUUCCGUUGUAAACAAGCAUGGCGACCGUUCAAGUUUUGUGUCCAAACGGACGACGUCAAAAUGUGAAAACUACGCCGAAUACGAAGCUUUUACAGGUUUUGGAAGAUGUCUGCCAAAAGCAAGGAUUCAUGCCCCCAGAUGAUUAUGGAUUUAUACAUGGUAACAGUAAGAAGGAGCUUGACUUAAGUCUGUCAAUGCGCUACGCCAACUUGGCCAAUAAUGCCAAACUGGAACUGGUCAAGUCGCAGACUAGUCGCGCUGUUCAGGACGUCACCAUCGCCUUACAGCUGGAGAAUGGGACACGGCUGCAGGAAAAGUUCCCCCCUCAGACCUCACUCUGGGACAUACUUAUACACUGGGAGGAAAAGCCAGACAGUACCUGUAAAGGUGAGCUGACCAAGGUUGAUGCCACACAUAACCCGCCUCUCCAGCCUGUCUGUAUUUACAUGAGGGAGGAGGUGAUUGGAGAAAUGGCUUUGAAUGCAACCUCUUUACGGAAGCUUGGUUUAACGAGUGGGAACGCUGUGAUAAGGUUCAUACACAGAGCUGUUGAUGACAGCACACUGACAGAAAUUGCUGAUCAUUUAGAGAAGGAAAAAUCAAAGAAAGCCAAACUUGACCAGUCGACCAGCAGACAAACAUCUGUACCAGACAAACAGCCAGCCAAGAUGUCCGAACAAAGCGAACGUGCACCACAGCCUGCUGUACAAAACAUAAAUAAAGACAAUAUCAACACCACGACAAAUAAACGUGAUCCGGAGUUAAACAAGCCCAAAACAGACUCUAGUUUUGGUGUGACAAAGGAAUCACCGGAACCCAUGGAGAUAGACCAGAAAUCUUCCAAGUCGUCUGUUUCCAUGGAAACAUCAGCAAUGGAGGUAGAGUUGGGGGCCACAGGAGGGGUACCGGAUACACUCUCUGGGGCAAGAAAUAAAACAGAAAACAAUAGGCAGCAGGAAGCAAGGACAGGUCAAAGUUCAUCAGGUGGGGUUCAUAAGGUAAUGAGUGGAGUUCAGAGUUCAUCUGGGUCAUCCAGGGGUCAAGGUGCAUCAGGAUCACAGAGUGCUGUUGACUCACUUCGAGGGAUGAAUAUCCCUGGGGUGGAGGUAUUCACCCCCCAAGAUUUCCUGGAGUUAUCCCCAGAGGAGCAGAGGGUAGCCAAGAAACUUGCAGCUGCCUAUGCCAAGCAGAACUCUCAACAAGUCACAUCAGCUCCAUUUGCAAAUUUUAAAUUUCCUGAAGAAACAAAAGGAAAGGAUUUAUAUCACAAUGAGCUGAGUUCCGUUACCAAGGAAGAUUACCAGCCGUGUGACAGGGAAACUGUGCUGUUUAAUGCCGAGGAACCUGUCUAUUCCUCACUCGGGAGUUCCUCUCAAGAAAUAUCUGAUGAAUUCUUUGAAGUCACAGAAAAAGAUUUGAGGAAAUUAAUGAUUGACCGGCAAAAAGAAACUGAGAAUGAGCAGAUGCUGAUGACACAAUCAAUGCGUGAGCUUAAACAGGAAGAAAAGUGCAGUAAAUACCAGCGAGGGGUUAUCAGAGUCCAGUUUCCAGACAAGCUCGUCGUACAGGGAUUGUUCAGGCCUAAGGAGACAGUGUUUCAAAUGUACAAGUUUAUCAAAAGCCUGCUUGAAGACCCGAAGACACCGUUUUAUCUGUAUACAUCGCCACCAAAGUGUGUACUAAAAGAUCAGACCAAGACCCUUAUAAUGGCAAACCUGGUGCCGGCCACAUUAAUAUAUUUUGGAUCUGAAGUCUCAAAAGAACACUAUCUAUCAGCCAAGGUGAUGGAAGGAAUGGAAUCAAGAAAAGCUGCCGAUGACAAAUUAAACACAUGCCUACCCAACAGUACAGAGCCACAGGGAUCCGAGCCAGUCAGUGGUCCCAGCGGGGCCUCAGCGGGGACAUCUGGUGGGGCCUCAGGGGGUGCACCUCGGGAUAGGCCACGUCCAAAACAGAACACACAGUCAUCCACCGGUAAAGAGCCAGGCGUUCCCAAAUGGUUCAAAACAGGCAAGAAGUAAUUAAUAUGCUGAUCCCCUUGUGUUGAAGCCCUAAGUCAACUAUCAUUGGAACUGUCUGCAAAUUCUAUCAGAAUAUCUGUGAAAAUAUGAAACUGCAUUACAGGGAUGAAACAGAAAUGUAUUUUCUGUGGGUACGGGUACAAAUGCAUUUGUUCUGUAUUGUAUAAAGGUUAAGCCAAAAAAUUUGUAUUUCGUCAAAUUUCAAAUAUUCAUAUUUAAUAAGCUGCCAAUCUCUUUAGGAAAUGAGAGAUGAGGUGAUCGUGAGUUCAUAGUUUUUUUUCCCCGCCUAUACUUGUAAAUACAGUAAAACCUCAUAAUUAUACAACUGUUUGUCCAAGGAAAUGUUGGCGUUAUAGAGGGGUUUGGCGAUGUUUAUGUUGACAGUAAACAAAAUGAAACAAGGGGCAUUAUAUUGAGGUUUUACUGUAAUUAAAAAUAUUUCUGAGAAAAUAACCCCAUCAGACACACAAAUGCUUGAAUCUGAAACAAAUAUUGGCCUACUAGUUACGUGUGGUGAUUGCUCUAAUAAAACAAAAAUGCAAGUCCAAUGAGGUUUUGAAGCAGGAACAGGGAUGAUUCUCAGGUUACUCAAGAUUUAAAUCACAAGGUCAGUAAAAACUGACAGCUGGGGGGGGGGGG